AUGGAGGGACAACAGAGCUCAAAGCUGGAGAACGCUGUUUCUCAAAUGGUGGACCAAACCGGUAAGCACACUUACCACGUCUUUGAGGCCAAUGAGCUCCUAAACAGCUACAGCAUGAAAGACCUCAACCGUCUUGUUCACGGCCCCAACAUCUACGCGCUAAACUGGACCACAGCCGUGAUAAACAUCCGCACUGGUGCUUCAACUACAGUCCGCCACCACUGUAGCCAAGGCGUCAACCAUGCACGAACCGCCGAAUGCUACGGCGACCUGAUGCACCAGAGCUACUGCCCCUGUUGGGAGUACAGCGAGUCUCACGGGUGGUACCGCUGCGGGCUGCAGCAAAUGGUCAUGUCGACCGCGUGUAAAAAGCACCGGGACGACGAGAUGCGCAAGGUAUUCGACAAGCUGCGAAAGGGCUAUCCCGUGUACGGAUGGGAGCUCAACAGACCAGGCAGCGAGGAGUCAAAUGCCUCUCCUGAGACGAAGACGGAAGCCAUUGCAGAGGCGUCCAAGGCGGAAGAGGAAGAGGUCGAGAAGCAGCUUGAGGAGUCUGGGGAGGUAGAUGAGAGUGUAUUUGUAUAUGCGCAGAUGAAGAAAAGGGAAGAGGAGAGGGCGAGAGAAAGAGAGUGGCAGAGAAAAAACGAGAAGGAGAGAGCGAGACUUGAGAAGCAAGGGACUUCGUAG